AUGAGCAAAAUUAAUGGUUCUAGCGAAGAAACACAUCUUGGAGAAGAGAUUAUAUCCCAAUGUACAUGGAGUGAUACUUAUAGUUCAUUAAAACAUAUUCUGAAACGUACAGCUAAUCAAUUACCACUGCUUAUUUCAUUUACUAAUAACAGUAGUGACCAACAAACAACAAAUAAUAAUUAUCAGAUUAUAUAUUUUUUUCAUCGAAAUUUUUCAAAUAAAGUAUUAUUAACACCACUUCAACAACACGAGGAUCAGCCUGAUCACUUUGAAGUUUAUCCUCAUCAUUGUACUUUUGUUAUGCCAGAUGUCUUUAGAGGAUUAUUUGAAUUUGUUCUUCGUGGUCAACGUUGUGGUCGAAUUUAUAAAAAUCUAGAACAAUUGGUUGCGUUUGCAUCGGAUUUCAAACAUUCAAUUUUAUUUAUGUCACGCGAUCGUGUUUUAGCUUAUUUUCAAGAUUCGAAUUUUCCACAUUGGUUAAGUAAAAAAUAUCCACAAGGAGCUAUUUUUCGAGCUGAACGUAUUCAUCGUUCAACAGUAGCAUCUAGUGACAGUCGUCAAAUUCGAAACGAUUAUCUUGAAUGUCUUGAUGAAGAUGGUUAUAAUGUUUUUAUAAAAAUGGAUCAAUCUGGCCGUUAUUCUAUUAUUGCAACAUCAAUUGAACAACAAGAAAAUCAACCAGAAAUUUAUCUUCAUUCAACUCAAACAUCAAAUAUUGAUCAAUUAAUAAAACGUGUAACACUCUAUUUUGAUAAUAAAACUAAUAAUAAUUGUAUUCGACUUGUACGUGGUUCAGUGCCACAUAAUUUUGUUUGUCAAUAUUUUCAUUUUAUUCGUCAACAUACAUAUGAUAUGCUUGUCGGUCUAACACAAGAAGGUCUUGUUAUUGAAUGGAAUUUAGAAUGUCAUGUACCAUGUCGAUAUGCAACGAAUUUAAAUGAUAUACUUGAUAAUAUAUAUGGAACAAUAAUACAGCAAAGACUUGAAUCUUAUAUUGAUCAAGCACGAAUACAUUAUAGAGAUCAUUUUCAAUAUAAUAUGCAAUUGAUAUCGAGUCAAGAUUGGACAGCAUUUUUGCAAUACUGGAAAUGGACACGUAAGAAUCGUCAAAAAUCUAAGGGCGAAAGCAAAGUUACAUAUCAAAGUCGUCAUCGAUUUCAUCUUGUUGCUUCUAUUCAAGAUCUUUCUGAUAAUUCUCAAGAACUUUCAUCAGCAUUUAAAAGCCGUCAUAAUCUUUCUCAUAGUUCAUCCUCAUUGAAAGAAAAUAUUUCUAGUAAAAACAAAAAAGAACUGUCAUCUAAACAGCGUUCAUUCUUUUCUCAAAUGUCAAAACUUAUUUUAUCACCAACAAGUUCUAGACGUCAUCAUUUCAAUCGAUUAUCUCAACAAACACUACGAACAUCAGGUUUUAUGCUACCUAAUGCUGCAAAACCGUUUGAUGAUAGUAUCUAUGAAUCAAAUCGAUUUCAUCAUUCUUCAUCAUAA